GGGUCGCGCGCCAGGGCGCACGCGCGCGGGCCCCCUCGUGCGGCUGGGUCGCGUCCCCCCGCGGCGCGGCUCGGGUUCUGCGCGGACCAUGGGCUCGGCCCGAGCGCGCUACCUCGUGUACUUCCAGUACCUGGGCACCGGGUUCAACGGGGUCGCUGCUGUCAGGGGCGCCCAGCGCGCCGUCGGCGUCCAGAACUUCCUGGAGGAGGCCGCGGAGCGGCUGAAUUCGGUCGAGCCGGUCAAGUUCACCAUCUCCAGCCGCACCGACGCCGGAGUCCACGCGCUGAGCAAUGCGGCGCACCUGGAUGUCCUGCGCCGCCCCGGCCUGCCGCCCUUCUCCGCCCAGGUCCUGGCCGAGGCCCUCAACACGCACCUACGGCACCCCGCUAUCCGGGUGGUGAAGGCCUUCCGCGUGCCCGACGACUUCCACGCCCGCUUCGCGGCCACGUCCAGGACCUACCUGUACCGCCUGGCCACCGGCUGCCUCCGGCCGGGCCAGUUGUCCUUGUUUGAACGCAACCUGUGCUGGGCACUACGGGCUGACAGCCUGGACGUGACUGCCAUGCGGGAGGCCGCUGGGCACCUCCUGGGCACGCACGACUUCAGCGCUUUCCAGUCAGCAGGCAGCACAGCCCAAAGUUCGGUGCGCACACUGCGGCACAUCUCUGUGUUCCCCAGCCCAGCCAGCCCCUUUGUCCUCCCCGAGGAGAGCAGGAAGCUGCAGUUUUGGAGCCUGGAGUUCGAGAGCCAGUCCUUCCUGUACAGACAGGUGGGCUCUGCUCUGGUCCUGAGGGGAAGGGGGUGUGGAGGGGCCAAGGCACCUGCGGCAGAUUGGGCUCUGGGCUCACAGGUCCGGAGGAUGACGGCUGUGCUGGUGGCUGUGGGGCUGGGAGCUCUGGCACCCACCCAGGUCAAGGCAAUUCUGGAGAGCCGGGACCCUCUGGGCAAGCACCAGAAGUGUGUGGCCCCUGCCCAUGGCUUGUUCUUGAAGUCGGUGCUGUACAGGGACCUGGGUAAGAGGCGGUCCCUCCAAAGCAGGGCACCCCAGGCCAGCAGGGAUGAGCCCCCACCUCCAUGCUGACCUAGCACAUACCUACAGGUCCAGCUUCCAACCUUGGGUGCCCAGUGGGGCCAGCCGCAUGGAGCCAAAGGUGACCCAGGGGCCUGGCCCCACCUGCUUUCCUCCAUGCACGUGGGGGGGUCCCUGCACUUGCCUGGCAUCCCUGGCACCUGGAUGGCUCUCGUCCUGUCCCUGUGCCUGCCACACCCUGUCCCUCCCAAGGCUGGGCUGUCACAGCAGUGUGCCCCAAGAAGGGGGCACCCACAGCCCCUGCCUUUACUGGAAAUGGCUGCCCCAUGGACCCCCUGCCCCAUCUCCUGGAGACCCACAGGGGUGAAUAAAAGGCAGAAGGCA